CUCGUCCCUGCCAGUACCACGUCGCGCAGGCGGCUCUUCUCAUGAGUCCUACCUCCAGAUUCCUCAUCGACAGUCUCUCCCUGGGCGCCAGUGCCUUCGUAUAUUGCCGACCUUACAGUGCUAUCGAUUUUAUUCCUCGCCGGCACCUCUCUUCGCGCAUUGGUUUUGGGCCAAAACACAUCCGGACUCGUGACAACUAUCGCAUCAUCUCGACAUUGGACGUUGCACGUAUCAAGGAUACCGACAUCCAUGAUCUCUCCUUCUUCAAAAAGCCUCGCAUUCAGACUAUCGUGAAGAAGAAAAAAUCUUCGUUCCGGGUCGACUACGCCACGGAUGUACUGCACGAGUCUUCAAAGUAUCUCGUAUUUCCUCCAAGGACAGAGGGAUUCUUCUACUACCACCAGCAGCACGAUUCGUUGCCGGGUGAAGUGCGGUUUAGUCUUGCGAACGCGGGCGACACCGGUACGGACAUGGACCUUCUGCUGCCUAAUGGCUUGCCAUGGUCGCUUCCACUGUGGUAUAUUGCCUCUGCUCCCAAGUAUGAGACUCUGUUGCAAAAGCUCAUCGAGGAUGGUUUAGUGAGCUCUGAGCUGGUACAAAGGUGCAGGUGGAUGUUUCCCCUGGCGUGGGCACGCAGGAGGAAGAGGGCAACGGUGCUAAUGAGGUGGGAUGACAUGUUCGCUGUACCUUUUGAUGCGAAGUGUACGAAGCUAUGGAUAACAGGGGAGAAGGCGAAGAAAGAGAUAUUUUUACGGUCGGAGGGAAUUUUUGGGAGCUAUGCAGGGAGCACGACGGGUGCUGUGUACAUGCCCGGAUCGAGCAUGAUCCAGUCCACGAAGUGGAUGUGGUGAAUGUAUUCAAGGUGCAAAAGGCGGCAGGGCAGGUUCCUCUGUCUCUGAUCCACCAUAUGAGUCCCACGUUGCGCUCGUUGACCUUGUGGUCAAAAAUGCAUCCAUAUGAAAUGUAAAGCAACAGCUCCGUAAUAUGUGAUCGUAGGGAGUCUGUUAUUGUGUUGAAAGUCGUGAGCCUCUUGCGAGUCUAGUUUUACGCAGCGUUAUUUUAAGUUGAUGAUCUAGGUAUCUCUAUCAAUGCG